ACGGCUGUUCCGACACCGGGAGGUCCCCAUGAAACUUUCUUUACACGCGAAAUGCACCGUCAACUGUCGAUGACCAUCCUUCUCCUGCUCAGCCGCUGCUCCGUCACGCCCGUCCCUGCUGUUGAUGCAUGCGUUAGCAAACCUCUCUUGCAUGCUCUCAUCCUGCACCAUUCCUAUCCUGGCCUCCCUGUCCUUUCAUCCAUGACUGCAAUUGCACUGAUUUCCAUUUUGAAUGGAUCUGUCGAUGUGACGCAUAACCAUCAAUAGAACUCUUGCAGAGGGCAAGCUUCAUGGUCCUUGGAUUUUAUCUUGUUGGUGUUGUAAUUCCUUACGUUUGAGUUUGCUGUAGGUCGAGACUUGACAUUCUGGCAAAAGGAAAUGUCCAACGAUGCCACCAUCAGCUUUUUCCAUGAAAUGGCGGACCUUGUCUUGAAACCUCUCAAUCUGCAUCAGAAUCACGCUGUCCAAGGAAGCAACUCAACUCAGCAUAUUGAAGACACUCCCUCUUCACCAGAGCAACAGCACAAGCUGGACUUCGCAGACGUCGACUAUACCUGGAUGGAACCAUCCGUAUCAGCGAGCCUCGUGCAUUCCGUGCCGCUUAAAUCUGAAGAUCAGAAUAAGUCGCUCACACGCGCAGAUUUCUGCAAUCUCUUCUUUGCCCUCUCGCAGAUGGAGCAGCAAGGCUUGCUGACGGAGGCGGAGAUAGAGAAGCUGCACAAGAGCAUCGUGAAGAAGGAUCAUAGCGUGGGGGAGGCGUUUCGGAAGUUUGAAGUGCAUGGGAAUGAAGAGGCAUUUGCAAAAGAACUGCGUAAGUGUGUGUACGUUUAGUGGUGAUGGUCGUGAUCAGCAAGUCGAUCAGCUUUGGCUG